GUAAAUCUUUUCUUUUCUUCUUAUCAAUCUACAUUUCUCUUUCAUUGCAACUUGCUUGCUAAAAUUUACAAAGAAGAAAAAAAAAAAAGAAAAACCUUUGGUAGUAUUAGAAAACAAAUGAAAUGAAAGGCUGCAAAUACCCCAGCCGCCUCUGUUUUCUAAAAGCUAAAAUAAAAAACAGAUGCUUAGCUUCUAAAUCCAAUUAGAAUAUCUUUUCUGCGUCUAGACUGCUUUCGUUUUGUGAAUCGGGAACUGGGUUGUCUUCAUCUUCUUAGCUAACUCACUACAAGAUCAAAGCACAUGGAGUGGUAUUUUGGUGAUGGAACGGAGGAUCUUGUUGUCCCCAUGGGUCAACAAUUAGUAGAUGGGCUUCCUUCACCAGAAAGUUGGUCAGAAUGGGGAUUAACUGCUCCUGGACAUUUUGAGUCAUUUAACAAAUGCUUCAUUACAGAUGCAAAUUUUACUCAUGAAGGACUGAGGUUCAAUGGUAAAUUAUGUAAUGAUGCUGAAAUCGAAUCAUCAACCAAUGUCAAGGAUCCAUCUUGCUGUUCAAGUAUAUGUGGAGGAUUGUCAGAUGAGUCUCUCAAUCAGACUACGUUUUCACGUCCCCAGCCAGAUUACCAGCUUGAUGAUUUUGCCAGAUUCGAGCAAAUGGAUGACAUAUUCUUUUGCAGGAAUUCCCUACUGGAAGAUCUACCUGGGAGUGAAGAUCUUCACAAUUUAUUUGGCUUUUCUCCUGAAUAUCGGGGUAGGAGGAUGCCUGCUGAUUAUCUUCUAACUGAUGCAUCUCUUACCAAAAUCUGGGUCCCUCCCCAAGAGAAAAGUGCAAAUGGAUUUAUCUCCGAGGAAAUAUCGCUCGAAGAAUCUGUUUUGCUGGAGCUUGAAAUGGUGAUGGCUCAGUUGUCUGAUAAGACUAGAAUUUGCUUUCGAGAUGCAUUCUACCGUCUGGCCAAGAACUCAAAACAGAAUCCUGUAGCACUCAACCAACAUGGAAACGUCCGUGUGGGAAAUCAUUCUCCAAAGUGGACAAUCUCUGAGGAGAAAAUGAGGUCUGCAAAAAAGGGAACAACUGAAUCAGAGACCAACACCAUUGAUCGAACUAUUGCAAAUCUCACCUUCAAUAAGAUGGAGAUUAAUGUUCGAGAUUUUCCUGCUGCCCCCACACCAGCCAACUCUAAGCCAAAUGUCAUCAAAGUGACAGGACAACUGAACCAGAGCUCAAGUCAGUCACAGAUCCAUUGUUUCCCACAAUCUGUUACACCAAGUGACGCUGAAGUUCCCUUCCUUGGUCAUGAACACUCCCCACCGAGGAUGGAUGGACAUGGAUAUGCCUCGAGCUGAAGCCAAGAACAGGGUGUAGGAAGUUUUUACAGCAUCAAAGUGGGCAGAAACAGAUAAUAUCAGUGCUGAAAUCACUGAUUAGAAGAAUGAUGGAAAGGGAAGUGGAAAGUGAAAGAUUCACAAAAUAAUUUAUGUUUGUUACGCAAGAAAUUCUUUUAUAUAGUAGCAGUUAAAACACUAGUGGCUUGUACACUCUAGUUAAUACAUGCUGUUGUUGCUCAGCUCAGGUUUGAUCAGCCUUUUGUAGAAUUUGAUUCAGAUUUCCUAGUGACAAAUUCAUCUGCAAUAUUCUA